UGGUCACAUGACCGCGGGCGUUAGGAGAGCAGCAGCAGCAGAGUCUCUUGAAUAGCGACACACCAAGCGGAGAGGAGUUACACAGCUUCCCUUCAAACUUCACACACUUCUCAGGGUCUCGCUUAUAAACCGCUACUCUGAAUUGUCUUUCCUAGAACUGGGAGUCCAGUUAUUUUGAAUGGCCUGGGAAUAGCGUUACUCUGUCGGCUGCGGUCCCUGAGAGUUAUCACAACAAAUCGGAGCGGUCAUGCGGGAGUGCGGACAGUUUCCGGAGAUUUUCUGACCUUUAUCAAUCACACACACCGCCGACUUUUUUUCUUUCUUCCGAAGUCUGUUUGUUUCUUCAGCUAGUAUUUUUUGUAAGAGAGACACUCUGAAAGUCUUUUGGCUCGAAGCAGGACUUGUCUGGAGAAGUGAGGAGUGAAGAGUAGCAGGACUCGACCGGUACAGCCUGCUGUCGAGGAGCCUCAUCACUGAGAUUUCUGACAUUUUAUGCAAAGGUUUUUAAAUAUGGUGGGGGAAAUGGAAACAAAAGAGAAGCCCAAGCCGAGUCCUGACUAUCUCAUGCAGCUCAUGAACGACAAGAAGCUGAUGAGCAGCCUGCCUAACUUUUGUGGGAUUUUCAACCAUCUAGAGCGACUUCUGGAUGAAGAGAUUGGACGGGUACGGAAGGACAUGUACAAUGACACACUGAACAGUAGUACAGACAAAAGGACAUCGGAGCUUCCAGAUGCGGUUGGGCCAAUUGCACAGCUUCAGGAGAAACUUUAUGUGCCUGUAAAAGAAUAUCCAGACUUCAACUUUGUGGGGAGAAUCCUCGGCCCUCGUGGGCUCACUGCCAAACAGCUGGAGGCUGAGACAGGCUGCAAGAUAAUGGUGCGAGGCAAAGGCUCCAUGCGAGACAAGAAGAAGGAGGAGCAGAACCGUGGCAAGCCCAACUGGGAGCACCUGAACGAGGACCUGCACGUGCUCAUUACAGUGGAAGAUUCACAGAACCGUGCAGAGAUAAAACUCAAGAGAGCCGUGGAGGAAGUUAAGAAGCUUCUUGUGCCUGCAGCUGAAGGUGAAGACAACUUGAAAAAGAUGCAGCUGAUGGAGCUGGCAAUUCUCAACGGCACAUACAGAGAUGCCAAUAUCAAAUCACCAGCCUUGGCUUUCUCUUUGGCUGCCAGUGCCCAGGCUCCUCGCAUCAUCACCGGCCCCUCCCCAGUGAUGCCCAGCGCGGCCCUGCGUACACCUGCCCCUGCUGCUCCCACCCUCAUGCCUCUCAUCCGACAGAUCCAGACCUCUGCUAUCAUGCCUGCCGGCACUCCUCACCCCACUGCCACCCUUUUGCCCCAGACCACAGAGUCGGGCAUUAUCUACACCCCAUACGAGUAUCCCUAUACUCUUGCCCCUGCCACCUCUAUCCUUGAGUAUCCCAUCGACUCCAGUGGUGUACUAGGUAUGGCUUUCCCUACAAAAGGCUAGUAGAGUUCGUGGACAGUCUGCAUUCGUCAUUCCUUUUUUUAUUUUAUAGCAAUUUGCAAAACAACAAAACCCUAACAGUUUUAACAAAAAAAUAAAUAAAUAGACAAGCCAAGACAAAAAUCAAUACUACUGAUGUUUACACUGGUAUUAAUUUCCCAGAGUUUUUUUUUUUUUUUUACUUUGAAUAACAACACAAUUUUUUUGGUUUGUCUUUUAACUUUUAAAAUUAUAAAUAUACAUAAGAUAUUCCUAGAAUAUUAAUGAUUAAUACAAUAUAUCUGUCGCUAUCACUGUGAUUUGAAAAUCCUCCUACAGUUUGAAGCCUUGUCAGCUACAUUCCCUGUGCUUGUGUCAUCUCUGAGUGCGCUCAGAGUAUUAUCAGUAUUAUGGCUGACUUUGUGUUGUAAACUAUAAUGAUAACUGAAGCACUUGCCAAUGUGCCAAUGUAAAUUUAUCUACAAGAUUCUGUGUGAGAUUAAUUCACCUUAGUAAAAGCAGAUUGUCUUUUUAUUUACAAAGGGAGACAGUAAAGGCUUUAAGGGCUCUGUUGUCAUAGUUCAGCAAUGGAAGCAACUCCUAACACUUGUCUCGUGUCACCUGAUAUGUCUGGGGUGUCUAUAAUCACAAAUUAUAAUGGAAGAUUUCUGCACCAUGAAAACAAAGCCCUUAGGCAUGUAAUGAAUUUUUUUCAUUUAUUUUUGUGAUUUAUUGGGUCUUACAAGCUUGUUGUGGAUGUAUUUUGUUUAGUUAUUUUCCAGUGUUUGGUUGCUGAUGUCAUGUGUUAAUGAUUAAUUAUCUGAUGCUACUUUCUAUUUUAUUGGUAAUAUUACAUUUUAAGCAGGUGCAGUGACUACUAAAGUACGAAGGCAGGAUAUGCGCGUCCAUCCUUACCAAAGGGUAGUGACCGCAGAAAGAGGUUAGUUUAGCCCCAGUGUUUAAGCAAUACUCUUGUGUGUGUGUGUGUGUGUGUGUGUGUGUGUGUGUGUGUGUGUGUGUGUGUGUUGGGUGGGUGCGUUGUGUACAUGUGAAUAUGUACAGUAUGCAUGUGAAUAGGUGUGUGUGUGUUUAUACAUGUUCACAAGAUGGGGAUGUACUGAAGAUGGUGGCAAGCAUGAGUAACACUAUAUUUAGUUCAUAAAAUGCACCCAUACUAUCUCAAUUAUCUCCAUUAAGCUAGUGUUAAAAUGGUUAUGUACGUAAUGUAACAGGUGUUGUGCAGAUGUUAGCACCUAUGCUAACUCAGACCUAAAGAACAACACAUAGAGAAUCAGAUCAAGAUGAUGCAUAAGCUCCAUUUACACUUUGCAUUAACACGUAAGGUGUACGUAAACGUCAGUAUCUGGAUAACGAACACCCUGAUCUCAUUUUCCCAGUUUUCCCCAACUGGAUUUUCAACACAUCAUACUGUGAUCAGGUCUUAUUUAUUUCACGCAGAAUGCUUAUAAACUGACUAGCAUCUGAAGUAGAUUGUAGAUGUAGAUGUAGUUAUCCACAUGGUAGGAAUAGAAGUGGUAAAGAUUAUUCUAUUUUAGAGAUUAUACAUAAUAUUCCUUUGUUCAUUCAUGACAAAUUGUAAGCUUAUUUAGAUAUGUAAUUUGAUGUAUUUGUAUUAUUGUGGGUAAAUACUUUCUCUAUAAUCUCAGCCUGUUAUAUACGCACACCAUAAAUCCUGACAUACAAACCCAAUGGAGAGAGCUUUUCUGUCAAUAGUACCAAAAGCACAUGUUAAUACAAGUGUGUAAAGGGGCUCUAAUGACACUGUUAUGUACGUUUUAUAAGUGUUACAGCUAGGAUGGGUUCACAGGAGGAUUUAUCACACUGCAUGUUUUUGAGGUAACGUCUCAAGCUAUAAGAGGAAGAGUUCUUAAGUUGCUUGGAGUCAAAUGUUUUUUUUUUAUUUACAUGAGCUCCAUUUCACUGACGACCACGGGAUGACUUAAUGACUCCCAGUUAAUGAAGGCUGAUGGCGCUUACUUAUUUGGUUCUCUUUUCCUUUUCUCAUUUAGUUUGUGUUAAUUACAGCCUCUAUGUCUUAGUGAUUAAUUUUUACUCUUAAAUACAUUCACGUCCUGUGUAUUCAAUUCAGGCAGUUUUAAUCUGUGCUUAAAAAUCUGUUUUUACUUUCAUUCCAGAUUAAUUUAUAUAAAGUUUUUUUUUUUUUGGUUAUUGACCAUGUUUACAAUGUUUUAAAAAAUAUGUUAUUUAAAGACCAACAUAAUUACAAAUAAUUGUAACACGUUUAAUGCGAAAUUGAUCAACAAGCAACAAUAUUCACUGUACUGUAGCUUGUAAAUCCAAUCUUGGAUUAAUUAUUCAGUAUUACAUCAGCUUUGCAGAGCAUGUUUAGAAGCUUUUCUUUAGCAAAAUGACUUUAGUACAAAAAAAAUUAAGCCCAUUGUGUUACUUUUGCAUACAGUAUAUAGCUCAACUUCCUUUAGCAGUCAUCAUCUUGUCUUACCCGUAUGGUUUUACCUAUUUUAUUUAUAGAAUUCCAUAUAAUUUGUAUUUAUGUAAUUUCACAUAAUUUGACCAACCUGUGACGUGUUUCAUAAUGACUACUCCCAUUAAGGUUUUUGCCAGGACCAUUCUUAUAGCAAAAUAAACCAUUUCUAAGAGGAUUAAAGAUUUUCACAUUUUCACAGACGGCUCAGUCAUGAAACUACAGUAAUUCGUCAUAUCAGACAAAUAAUUGGGUUUAUGAUAUCUUUAUGUAAUAUCAACAAUUCAUUAAAUGUAAAAUGUGAUUGUAAUUGUAAGAUUAUUGGUUUGACAUCAAAUUAAAAUUAGCACUGUAAAAUCUUAACAUAUAACCGACAAACAAAGCUGACUGGAUUAAUGAAAAAACAAAAACAUUUGUGAAAUUGCACAAAAUGUCAAACUAUCUCAUCUGGCGUACUGGCCCUGACCUUUAUGUGAUGUCUUUAAAUCAUAUUUAUAGAAUUUCCACAGUAAAAUGAGAAUGUAUCUUGUUUAGUGAACACUCUUUUCAUUUAAAUUAAUUUACAGUUUAUUGUGCCACAGUGUCAUGGAUUAAAUAUAUCAUUGUUAAAAAAAGGACAGCAGCUCAAGAUAGUAAAAAGUCACCAAUGUAAAGGUCAAUAAACACAAGACAAAGGUCAUGGUCAGUGUUACAUGAGGAAAAUUGACAUUAUAUUAUGAAGGGUAUUAAUUGUUUGAGGAGAGGAGUCAUCAUAAGCAUUUAAUCUAAACAAACUUAAUAUAAUGUACUCAACACAGCUCAUAUUUAAAAGUGGAUCUCAUAAUGAAAUUGAUAUGCUGUGCUUAUGAACUCUUAAUAUCUCCUCAUACUGAAAUACCUCUCCAUAAAAAAUACAGCACAUAGUUUGCACUGAAUCUCUUAAAUCAACAGAUCUGUGUGUUAUUAGGUAGGUGAAAACAAUGUCAGGAAAAAGACAAACAGAUAAAACCUCAUAGUUUAGAAUUCCUUGUGAUGGACAAAUGAAGGUGGUGGACUGGGCUGAGUCUGAGGUUUUUCAAGCUCUACGAUCAUCACACUAUUAUUAAGAGUGUCCUUUCUGUAAGAGUUAAAUGAUCCGAAUUCUGUGAUGUUAUGAGAAACUCAUACCUUUUUUUUCUUGACACAGUAUGAGCAGAUGAGCUGAAUAAAUAUUCCAUUUUCUAUGUUUUGUUAUUAUUGUAAACUUCUUUGCUUUUUUUGUCUUAUUUGGAAAGAAGAACAGAUUAUUUACUUGCAUAGUUUGUUUUUUACGUUUAUGAAAACAAUAUUUCUACAGCAUCAAAAAUUUAUGAAAUUCAGAUUAUAUUGUAUAUGUGAAGAAUAGAGAAUAUAUAAUAGAGAAAAAUGCAGAACAUGUUUCUAGAGGCUCAAAUAUUCUAGCUUUUCUGUAGUACAUUUUGUAUUCUCUGUCCUAUGAAAUAUUGUAGUUAUGUCUAUUGUUUCUUCUUCUUUAUUCUUCGUCCCACCUCCAGCAGUUGUUUUGGUAUUCUGUUUUGUUAGCGUUGUGUUUUUGUAUUUUUGUAAAUAGACAGAUUUUAAAGACAAUAAACUUUGCUUGAGUCAAAAA